AAGAAAGGGAAGUGUCCCUGAUUUACCCCCUGACUUAGAGGGAGAAGGUUUGUCCUGCUCAAGAGGGAGAAGCUGCAGCCCUGGGAAGGAUGGGAAUGCUGGUGAGAGCAACCGUGCUUAUGAGUCCUCUUCUCUUCUGUAACGCUUUUCUGGACCUGACUGGCCCCAGUGAGGUUGAAGGCAUAUGGAAGGGAUCUAUCACCUUGCCAUGUGCCUAUGUGCCUGAGAAGGACUUUGUGCAGCAAACACUCAAGUGGACUGUGGUACAUGACCAGAGCUCUGGCACCGUCUUUCGGAGAGACAGUUCUGGUGACCACGUUCUCCUGUCCAAGUACAGGGACAGGGUCAGUGUCCUAAAGGAUGCCCCAGGGAACGUGUCUCUCCACAUCCUGAACCUGGAGGUCUCUGACAGGGGAACCUACACUUGCGAGGUCACUUGGAGAGCCAGCAACAACAGCCUGAUAGCAAAAGACAUCACCACUAAAGUGGAGGUUGUUAAAGUUGCAGCGACCAAGCCCAUCAUCAGGGCCAGCGAGCCGGGGCUGACUUUCCCGGCAGGAGCCAGGGCCAGCCUGACCUGUGUGGCCAACGGGUCUCCCCCCAUCAGCUACCGCUGGUUCAGGAGCGUCCCAGGAGGGAAAGCCCUGCUCCUGAGCAGCCAGGCUGAGCUGGCGUGGGACAGCCUGCAGCCCUCCGACACCGGGAAGUACUACUGUGAGGCCGAAAACAGGGUUGGGGCCAGGGCUGUGCAGCAGAGUGAUGCCGUUCAGCUGACGGUGAGAGAUCUGCCCAUGCCAGUAGUGACUCCUGAGAAUGGCGUAGAAUAUCCAGAAAAGAAUUACACAACUCAGCCUCAAGUCUAUGAAGUAAAAUUCCAUAACUCAAGAACCGCAGCUUCUUCAAGAUGUGAAAGUACGGAUCAUUAUGAGGCACCCAUCUCCUCCACUGAAAACAACUAUGUGAUGGAGCCCAUGGAAAACAAAAGAUAUGAAGAAAUAAAUACAAAAAAGAAUGAAUAUGUUGGAAACACCGAAGAAUCUCUAUAUGAAGUAGGGGACACUGUAUGAGAACCAACAGUGCUCUACAGGUAGCAGUCCUGAAGAGUAUCUUCAUCCAGGCAAAAUUUAUCUUCCUAUUCACCUUUGCCUCUGAAAAAUAGGUUGGACAAGAAGUUUUUGCUCCUUCAAAAUCUGUGGAGCCUUAACAAUCUCUGCUGUGAAAAUGCAAACCUCUUUAGGAACUUCAGUUACAGACUGCUGUGUAGAUCUUCUGAUUUUGCUUUUUUUGCUUCCCUUUCACCACCUGUGUAGAAGAAAGCCCUUUGAAAGCUAGGGUAUGCAGAUCCCAGGCCAAAAGCACUGUACUAAACUUACUGCUUUACAUGACCAAAAGGAUCUGCAUUCACAGCCUUCAUGGGGUGGGAGUAGAACCAGCACCAAGGGCUGCUCAACCUCCCCAUCAUCUUUGGGUAAGAAGUGCAGAAUGAGGCUGGCCUGGGAAUCUGCAUUUCUCCUCCCACCCACCUCAAGUGCUGCACAGGUGGUAGAAUGUCCUUUUAAUGUGAGAAAGCCCUUAAAGAAACACUGAAAGAUUAAAGCUAGGAUAAAACCAGGAACCUUACCAUACUAGGAGCAGCAGUACAAAAAGAAGAAAUGUCCCGUGCACCCAUUGUGCUGUACUCAAUGUGCCUUUCUGCAGCACUCGCCAUAAGGUCCAGGCAUGCUUUCUAUAGUUUUGGUGCAGAACAGCUUGGGCGAUUCUGAUACUGCAACAAGGCACACUUUUUCCAAGUUCACCUUCUCUAUUCUCUCAUUUAAUGCAUGUUUAAUAUUUGAAAGAUAUUAGAUACUUUUCCAUAAGUUUGUGGAUAGGAUGUUUUAACAUGCCUACAUUAUUUUGGUAUGAAUGUUUUUGCACGACCGGCUCAUCUUUAAAAUGCCAGCAAGCAUUCACAAUUACAGCUCCUCAGUAGAUAUUCAUGAAUUACUUUCCUCCCACCUUAGAAAGCCUGAAGGGUAAGUACAGAGCCAAAAAGCUGUGUUAUUAGUAAUUUCUACUGCCCUGAGUAAACCUGUAACAUGGAUACUGCAGAGUUAUGGAAGAACCUUUUUAUAGUGAACGACAGGGCAAUACCAUGUCCAAUUAAAAGCCAUGCAGACAGAUGUAAAACAAAACAGGUGAUCUGAGGGGUGAGGAGGCUAUCAGUGACACAGGCACAGGAUUAGUGGGCCCCCAGAUUUGCUGUUCACACUCAGGAAAGAUCUGCAUCUGCACUUCUCUGCAAGCAUCAGCUCAAAAUUCACCAGCAUUCAAGAAGAGUAUUAGGUGCUAUUAGGAAAGGCAUUCCAGUGCAAUAGAAAACAGGACUGUGGUACUGUAAAAACUCAUGGAAUGCUUCUACCUUAUCUAUG